AUGGCAUGGAUUUGGCUUGUUGUCACUUUGGGCUUAGUCUACUUCUCUGCAGGUUCAUCCGUUCUAAGUGAAGAAGAACAUCUAUUAAGAUAUUUAUUUGAAGAAAAGGGUUACAGAAAGGAUCUGCGACCAGUGGACCAUCCAGAUGAUACACUAGAUAUACAUCUGUCAUUGACACUUUCCAAUCUCAUCUCACUGAAAGAAGCAGAUGAAACACUCACUACAAAUGUCUGGGUUGAGCAGGGAUGGUAUGACAAAAGACUGACAUGGAAUAUGACAGAAUUCUAUGACAUCCAUACACUUAGAGUUCCCCCUGACAUGGUGUGGCAGCCAAAUCUUAUCCUGGAAAACAACAAUGACGGCAACUUUGAAGUGGCAUAUUACAGCAAUGUCCUUAUAUCCAGCAAUGGCUACAUUUACUGGCUACCUCCUGCCAUAUUCCAAACACCAUGCUCCAUCAAUGUCAACUACUUCCCAUUUGACUGGCAGAACUGCUCUCUGAAAUUCAGCUCAUUAACUUACAACGCUAAAGAGAUAAACCUGCAGCUAAAGUUAGAAACUGAUGACGAAACAAGUAGGAGCUACCCAGUGGAGUGGAUUGUCAUAGAUCGAGCAGCAUUUACAGAAAAUGGAGAAUGGGAGAUUGUCCACAUUCCAGCCAAAAAGAAUAUCGACAGAAGCGUGUCCCCCGAGAGCACUAAGUAUCAGCACAUUACAUUCUACCUCAUUAUUAAGAGGAAACCCCUCUUCUACAUAAUAAAUAUCCUGGCUCCCUGUGUUCUAAUUGCUCUGAUGGCCAACCUUGUCUUCUACCUGCCAGCUGACAGUGGUGAAAAGAUGACCUUGGCCAUAUCCGUCCUGUUGGCUCAGUCUGUCUUCUUGCUGCUAAUCUCACAGCGCCUCCCAGAGACCUCCUUCGCUAUCCCGCUCAUUAGCAAGUACCUGACAUUCAUCAUGAUUCUGGUGACAAUUGUGGUUGUGAGUUGCGUUGUAGUAUUGAACAUGCAUUUCAGAACUCCUAGCACGCACAUCAUGUCAGAUUGGAUGAAAGAGCUCUUUCUGAACAGACUGCCUCGUAUACUGCACAUGUCACAGCCAGCAGUACCUGACCCCGAGCCAUGGAGUGGGGUGCUGCAGCGACGCAGCAGUUCAGUAGGAUACAUUGCAAAGGCCGAGGAAUACUUCUGUGUAAAAUCACGAAGUGAACUCAUGUUUGAGAAGCAAUCCGAGCGUCAUGGUCUCACUAGUCGAGCUACACCAGCACGAAUAAAUCCAGUGAGCCCAGACGAUGUUCAAGAUCAGCUUUAUGGUGAAAUGAAGCCUGCAAUCGAUGGUGCAAACUUCAUUAUUAAACACAUGAGAGAAAGGAAUGACUACAGUGAGGAGAAAGAUAACUGGUACCGUGUUGCUCGGACAGUUGACCGUUUGUGCCUGUUUAUUGUGACCCCCGUCAUGCUCAUUGGAACACUUUGGAUAUUUCUUGGAGGAGCCUAUAACCAACCUCCAACUUUUCCAUUUGCCGGUGACCCUUAUGAUUACAAGGAAGGACACAAGAGACUGAUAUAG